GUGUGCAGCCGCAGCAUGGCCGUGUCCCUGCAGGUGUCCCCCAGCCGUUGUCUCUUCGAUGAGCCGCUGCAGGUGAAGGUGACCGGUCUGUGCCCCGGGCAGGAUGUCACCCUCCAGGCCGCGCUGACUGACGAAGGCGGGGAGACCUUCACCUCUGUGGGCCGCUACCGGGCAGGGAGCAGCGGGGAGCUGGAGCUGAGCCGAUCCCCGGCCCUGGACGGUGGCAGCUUCACCGGUAUAGAGCCCGAGGGGCUCCUGUGGGCCCUGGAGCCCCGGACUCCCUUAAGGAGGCUGCUGAGGAAGAACGUGCAGAGCCCGCAGCGGGUGGACUUCUUGCUGUACGAGAAUCACGAGCCGCGGGGGAAGCUGCUGGCCACGGCGGCCCAGGAAAGGGGCUUCAUGGGGGAGGGAGUGAGGCGUAUCCCGGUGAGAGAGGGCAGGGUCCGGGCCAGCCUCUUCCUGCCACCGGGUACUGGGCCUUUUCCUGGUGUUAUUGAAAUUCCAGGCACCGGUGGGGGUCUCCUGGAAUACAAAGCGAGCCUCCUGGCUAGUAAAGGAUUCGCCACGCUUGCAUUAGCCUAUUACAAUUAUGAGGAUCUUCCAACGAAAAUGAAAGAGUUUCACUUGGAGUACUUUGAAGAAGCUGUCAAUUACAUGCUCCGGCACCCCAAGGUAAAGGGACCUGGAAUAGGACUUAUCGGUCAUUCUAAGGGUGGGGAUCUGGCCAUCUCUAUGGCCUCCUUCCUGAAAGGUAUAACAGCCACCGCAACUGUUAAUGGCUCAAUAGCCAAUGUGGGUGCAACCCUUCACUACGGGGACAUCACACUCCCUCCUAUUGGAGUUAAUGCAAAGAAUGUGACGUUCCCAGAAAAAGGAGUGGCCGAUAUUACCAAUGUUUUGGAAAACCCACUAGAAGAACCUCAUCGCAAAAGCCUUAUUCCAGUGUGGAAAGCGGACUGCAAGUUUCUGUUUAUUGUUGGAGAAGAUGACCGGAACUGGAGGAGUGAAUUCUAUGCUAAAGCGGCAUGUGAACUUUUACAAGAAGAAAGGAAAGAAAAGCCAGAGGUUUAUGUCUACCCCAGAACGGGUCAUUACAUCGAGCCACCAUAUUUCCCUCUGUGCAAGUCCUCUUUCCACAAACUUGUGGGUCUUCCAGUGGUAUGGGGAGGUGAACCCAAACCCCAUGCAAAGGCACAGGUAGAUGCUUGGCAUAAAAUCCAGGCAUUCUUCCACAACCAUCUUAACCAAGGAGCAACCCUUGUCAACAAACUGUGACCAAAGUUAUUUGGAUAUACAAGCCUUGCUCGCUCACUAUUUCUGUCAUUAGGAGUGCAUUGAAAAUAAAUGUCCAGCUACUACAA